AUGAAACUGGAUACAGGAUGUUCUACACCACAUGCGAACGCCGAGUUGCAGCGGUCCAGAAUAAAGACCGUCCUGUGGCCUUUAGAGCUCGAAAAAAUUGGUUGGGACUCCUUGAACUAUGCGAGAACAUUCAAGCUACCUCCUCUCGAAGACAAGAUGAUCAGAGUGGAUGGAAAAACUGUUACAGCAGAAGAGUUUCGAGAAAAGUACGAACGCCCACGGGUUCCUUGUGUGAUAACUGGUCUCACGGACAAAUGGGAGGCUCGUCAGAAUUGGACCUUUCAGAAGUUAACGAGAGAAUACGGCAAUUCAUAUUUCAAGUGUGCUGAACAUAGGAAGGGACGACCUGUCUUCUUGAAAUUCAAGUAUUUUGCGGAGUACAUGAGAGAAAAUGAGGAUGACAGCCCAUUGUACAUAGUCGAUGAUUUUCAUGGAGAGGACAGAUCAGCGAAAGAAAUGUUGAAAGAUUACGAGGUACCUCCGUACUUCAGCGAUGAUCUGCUGAACAUUCUUGGAGAAGAUGUUAAACGACUGCGGCACAGGUGGGUCGCAAUUGGACCGGCUCGUUCUGGUACGACCAUUCAUGUUAAUCCUCUUAACACAAGCUCAUGGACUUCUCUGAUUUAUGGUCACAAAAGAUGGGUUCUUAUUCAUCCUGACACUGCAAAAGAGCUUGUGUACGUACCGAAAGAUCAACGUGGCAUUCAUCCUCAAGAAGCUAUCACAUGGUUUUCAACGGUUUAUAAACGUAUACGUCAAGGAGACUGGCCUUUUGACAAGUAUCCUGUAUUGGAGUGUAGACAGAGGCCAGGAGAAACUGUGUUUGUACCCUACGGUAUGUUUCUUAUGUACUGUGCACACCUAACAAACAUCGACAGCUGUCAAGAAGGGGGAUAG